AUGUCAAAUUUUAGAGCUCCCUUAGGUUAUAGUUCAUCAAAGCUCAAUAGAGUAUGCCACAUCCUUAGUGUGAAUCCAUUUUGGACACGUAAUUUUUAUCUUCUUAUCAUUUCUUUGCUGGGUUUCUGGAGUCUCAAUGUUUUGAAACCGAGAACAAAUUUUUCUAAACUCCGAAAUCUAGAUCUUUUUUUCACCUCCGUAUCGGCAACCACGUUAUCGAGUAUGUCCACCAUUGAAAUGGAGAUUCUUUCAAAUCCCCAACUCAUUGUAGUGACCAUUUUGAUGUUCAUAGGUGGGGAGGUAUUCACUUCCAUGGUUGGACUUUUCAUUGCUCAAAACACAUUCAAUAAUAUUGAUGAACAUUUGUUGUACCAUUCAAUCAUGUUUUUAAGCUUUAUCAUUUUGGGUUAUCUUUUAGUGAUUAACCUAUUAGGUAUAGCCAUGGUUUUUCUUUAUAUAUCCCUUGUUUCAAAUGCUCAUAGGACACUAAAAAGCAAAGGACUAAACCUAUUCACAUUCUCAAUUUUCACCACUAUUUCAAGUUUCACCAAUUGUGGUUUCAUUCCUACAAAUGAAAACAUGUUGGUCUUCAACAAAAACCCAGGUCUCUUCCUUGUAAUAAUCCCUUUAGUUAUUCUAGGUAACACAUUAUUCCCUACGUGUUUGAGAUUUUCGAUAUGGGUUUUAGGGAAAUGUGUGAAUAAAGUGAGAGAUUAUUGUGAUUAUUUGUUGAAAAACACAAAGGAAAUUGGGUUCCAUCACUUGGUUUCGACACGGUGCUCGUUUUGUUUGGUCGGCACAGCUUUUGGGUUUGUGGUGAUUCAGGUUGUGUUGCUUUUUGCCAUGGAAUGGAACUCGAAAUCUUUGAAAGGGUUGAAUCCUUAUGAGAAAACAAUUGGGGUGUUGUUUCAAAGUGUGAAUACGAGACAAGCCGGUGAAACAGUCGUUAACCUGCCGGCGAUGUCCACCGUCAUACUGGUUGUUAUCACCGUCAUCAUGUAUCUUCCUCCUUAUACAUCCUUCCCAUUUGUAAAUGAUGAGGAAGAGCAACAUCAACAACAAAAGAGAAAAAGAAAAAUUGCAAAGAAAUUAUUAUCACAACUUGCUUAUAUUUCCAUUUUUGUAAUGCUUAUUUGCAUAACAGAGAGGAAAAGUAUGAAAGAAGAUCCCCUUAAUUUCACUCCCUUCAAUAUUGUAUUUGAGGUGAUCAGUGCAUAUGGUAAUGUGGGAUACACAAUGGGUUAUAAUUGCAAGCUAAGAUUAAAAGAUGGGGCUAAUUGUGAGGACAAAUGGUAUGGAUUUGUGGGAAAAUGGAGUGAUGCAGGCAAAACUAUUCUCAUUGUUGUCAUGUUAUUUGGAAGAUUAAAAAGAUACAACAUGGGUUGGAAGUUCUCAUAAUUGUAAAUAAAUAAUUUUAAUUUAUUCAAUUCAACCUGUAUGAUUUAUGUGGAUA